GCUUAGCCCAAACUCAUUACUUCUUUUGGCUCUAUGGAAGAGGCGAGUGCUUCAGCUGCUUGUAGCAACAUUACAGGAGGGGGCUAUAGAGGUCUGGUCUGAAGCAUUUUGUAUAGAGAGAAGGAGAAAUGUUUGUCACAGUGCAGUUUGGAGAGGCCCAAACAGAAUUGUUUAACCUGAACUGCAGGAUGAUAAACUUCAUCCACAGUUUGAAGGAGAGGUGUGAUCUGGAUCCUCAAGACUGUGUGGACCUGAUGGACAGGACAGGGGAGCUGGUGAACCUGAGUGACAAGGAGGAGAGCAUGGAGCAGGCCAGCAGUCUGAUGAAGAAGAGGCACAGCUACGUUCUCAUACGCAUCUGCAGUGACGGGACUGAAGGGCAGAAGUAUGUGCCACUCUUAAAUGACCUGGACAAGAGCCAUCCUGAGUUAGCAGAGGUCCUAAAGAAGCUGUCCAACCCCUGUAAGGAGCGGGACAGAAAGGCUGUUCCGUCAAGGAAAGGCUCUGUUAACCAGACCUGGAGCAAGGCCACCGCUGGAAACAAGAAGAGCCAUUCUGGAAAACUUUGACUAUGAUGAGAGGAGAGGAAGAAAGGUGAAAAUGAUGGUGAUGGACAUGCAUGAAUAAAACGAUGUGAUCCACAUACUAAUACAGUAAAUGUGUUGGUGCUGUGGUACUAUUCACUCCGAUUCUUUUUUAACAAAGGUACAUUUAGGUUGAUAAAUUAACAUUCCAACAUAUCCCAACGGGUAAUGUAAGAAUGUUGCAUGUCUGCUGUGCAUACUAGAGGCUGGUAUAGGUCCAGAAACGUUUUGUACUCAUAUAGGACUAUGUGUGAGAGUUAGGCUAUAUGGACCACUUAUUAAAUGCAUAAAUCUACUUAUCCAUGUAUUCACAACAAUUAAUGAAGUUAAAAUAAAAUAGAACAAUUGUUGAACAACUAGUAAAGGUAGCAUAUAUAUUUGUAGAUACGGUGCCUAGUGUUAUACCACAUAGUUUUCUAUACAAUACAAGCUUUGUCUAUACUGUACCUGACCUGUCAUAGACUUCCUAACUGUAGUCAGUGUAAAGCGUGACUCAUCAUCUUCACGUUGAUAUAUGACAGAGAAACGUGAUAGAAUCAGACAGGUUGCAUAACAAAAGUAAAAAUAUGACUAUGUUUAUUUUGCCCAAUAGACGACGGGGUGGGCUUACUGGGCUAUCGGGUUCACUAACAGAAGCACAAGGUUUGGACAGUGGAACUUGUACAGAAGGAGCCUCACAAUGCCGGGGUCUGAGUUUGAAUCUUUGGAGAAGAUACUGGAGACACAUAUUCCAGAUGAGGAAUUGAAAGAAGUGAAACAAAUCUUGUUUGGAAAAGAAACCAAGUGAGUUGUUGUUGAAUUCUGCACUCCUUGUCUCUAUGCUGAGCCUGGUCUCAUAGACUAGACGUAACAUAGUAAAAGUAAAUCCGGGGCAUGCAAAUUAGUAUGAUAUGUAAAGUUUGGUACGGUUACAUGAGACAGAAGGUUACUUAAGGCAAAAACAAAAGGAGAGUGGUUGGUUGGGGUGGAUGGGUGAGCGCAGAGCAUAAUUUGAGACGGAUCCUGCCAGAACAGGAUCCUGCACAUCUCCAUUUUGGACUGUUUCAUUCCGUAAACCCAUUUGUCAAGACCUGGUAUCUCUAUUGCCAUAAAAAAUAAUUGUCAGUUUGCAAUGUAAAAAUUAUAAUAAAAGCGAUCAGAGUUCAUUCAA